AUGGAGGUUUUUUUCUUAUCAGCACGAUCAUUGAAACGUGUUCACAACGAUGAUCCAGGGUGCUUUGACUGUCGUAUGAAAUACUUGAAUUGGUUGAAGAAAGUUGACGAAGAUUUCGAUCAUUUAAAAGAACGUGAUGUUAAUCACGAUGAAAAUUCUGAUAAUGCUAUGGAAACUGAUGUUGAUGGUGGUAAUAAAAGCGAUAAGUGUAGUGUAACUGAACAACACGUGAAAGGAGAUACAUCUGAAAUUGCUAUUCGUGUGCCACGUUGUACGAAGUCUCAUCGAAGUUGUAUUGUAUGUGAAUUAAGUGACGAAACUUGUAAAGUAUUGUCGAAACAACAACGUACAUUGAUCUUUGUAAAACGUGGGAUCUUUAUUUCUGAAGAUGCUCGAUGUUGUCCGUCGCACAUAUAUAACAAGCAAUUGAAUUUCGAUUCUUUGUGUCAAAUUCGUGGUACCCAUUUUGAUAAAUUGGUUUUCGAUGCAAAUCGUUUGGAAGAAAUCAUUGCUGACUUUCGCUUGAUUGUUGAUAAUCUAAAAACGUUUGAUUUUGACGAUCCGUACUCAUUGAGUGAUAUGGACUAUUACAAUAUUACUGGAUUGCAUAAAGAUGAAUUUGAUAUUGUAGUUGAUAGUGUGGUAUCAAUGCGAGAAUCACGCAUAAGAUCAAAACGUACUACUACUGCUCUGUUUUGUGCAAAAAUGCGUCUUGGUUUAAGCAAUAGUGUGUUGUCCACUAUGUUUCAUAUUAAAGAUGAUAAAGUGGUGUCUCGAAUCAUACAUCAAGUGACAGAAGCAUUAAUGAAGAAUUUCGUUCCAAAACAUACAGGCUUUCGACAUGUUAGUCGACAGACAGUGCUGGAGCAACACCAAACAUUAAAGGCCAAUAUGUUAUUGACUAGCAAUAAUCAACAAGUAGUUGUAGUUAUGGACGGUACAUACUUAUAUCUUCAAAAGUCUGCUAAUAAUGAGCUGCAACGUCGCAAUUAUUCAACGCAUAAGCAUCGACAUCUCAUCAAACCGAUGAUCAUAACAACCAGAGUGAGAUGUUUGUUUGCCUUUUAG